CGACGAACGAGUGAAAGUUGAAGGUGAAAGUGAAGGUCGCCAUUGAAAUUCUCAGCGGGCCGCUCCAGCCAAUCCCCGCCCGUCUUUUCCUGCUCACUCAACUUUUUCCCUUCCAAGUUCGCCUCGGUUUUCCCUCGACUUCUUCAAUCCCUUCAUUUUCUACUUUCAUUGAGUGAGGGUUCAUAUAUGUUCGCCUCUCGGUCCCUGCGGUCCUUUGCCUCCCCGUUUCACCGACUUGCAACCAGUCUGCCCCGGCCAGUCCAGCGUCUGGCUUCCUUCCAUCUCUCUGGAUCCCCGCGCAAUGCGCAAUUAGUCUCCCAGCCGACCAUUACCAUGCAGAACUCCCCCAAGAAGCCCGACACCGGGGCCAAGCGGCGCAAGAGAGUCAAGGCCCCCCGCGACAACAAGAGCAGUGGCUUUGACGAGGUCCUCCAGGCCGACAUCGACCAGCUGCUCCGCAGACACAAGCCCGAAACCGAGCUCGAAGCCGACGACGCUGCCACGCCCCCGCCGCCUGCCCUGCCGGAGACUUUCACCGAGAUUGAAGUCCAGGUCGCUGAGAUCUCAUCGACCGGCGAUGGCCUCGCCCUGUCGGACACCCAGGAUCACGUCUACGUCGUUCCCUUCACCGUCCCUGGCGACAAGGUUCUGGUCAAGGUCGUGCGGCACUUCCCUUCCCUGUCCUACAGCAUGACGGACUUUAUCAAGGUUGUCGAACCGGGCCCCCAGCGCAAUGACGCCGGCAUUGGUUGCCAGUAUUUCGGACGGUGCUCCGGAUGCCAGCUGCAGAUGAUGUCCUACGAAGACCAACUUGCCCACAAGAAGCGCAUUGUGGAGAAAGCGUACGCCAACUUCUCCGGGCUGAUCCCGGAGCUGAUCCCCGCCAUCGACGACACAUUCCCAUCCCCGCUGCAAUACGGCUACCGGACGAAGCUGACGCCGCAUUUCGCUGCUUCGGGCGGAAACAAGAGGCGCGGCAAAGGGCCCCGUGAGCCGCACAAGGAGGUGCCCCCCAUCGGAUUCACAUUCAAGAACCGGCGCAUGGAUCUGGAUAUCGAAGACUGCCCGCUGGGCACCGACAUUGUGCGCCAGGGCAUGAAGAGUGAGCGGAAGCGGGUGGCCGAGACCAUUGGCAAGUACACCAAAGGCGCCACGCUCCUGAUGCGUGAAUCCACCACCCGCGUGCCGAAAGACAGCGAGAACCCUCCCGCCCCGAUCAACCAACCCGGCCAGGAUUCGGGCGAUGUCAUCCGCACCGAGAAGGACACCUACAUCGAAGAGAAGCGAUGCGUGACCGACUCCAAUGCGACCAGCGUGGAAUACGUCGACAACUACGUCUUCACCAACAAAGCCGGCGCCUUCUUCCAGAACAACAACUCCAUCCUCUCCGGGUUCACCGACUUCAUCCGCCAACACGCCCUGCCCCCGAACAACGACCAAGACCCCACGCCCAUCAAAUACCUGCUGGAUGCCUACUCCGGCUCCGGCCUCUUCACGAUCACCCUCUCCCCGCUCUUCAAGUCCAGUCUGGGCGUCGACGUCGCUGGCGACUCCAUUGUCUCGGCGCGGGAGAAUGCUCGCGCCAAUGCGCUGCCGAACACCGGCUUUGCGGCCGCCGAUGCCGCCGUUCUGUUCAAGGACGUGCCCUACCCGCCCGAUCAGACUCUGCUGGUGAUCGACCCGCCCCGCAAGGGCUGCAGCGACGACUUCCUCCGACAGCUACUGGCGUUUGGACCACGCCGGGUGGUGUAUGUCAGCUGCAACGUGCACACGCAGGCGCGGGACGUGGCGGUCAUGGUGCAGGGAAACGCGGAGAAGAAGAUCCGGUACGAGAUUGAGAGCAUCCGGGGAUUUGAUUUCUUCCCGCAGACGGGCCAUGUGGAGGGGGUAGCCAUUUUGAACAAGACGAGUAUACCAGCUGUGUAGGAUACCAAUAAUACCUUCAAUUUCAUUCUC